AUGCUGGCUAAUUUCUGGGAUCACCGCCGAAAACCUGCUUGUACGACGUUUGCCAGAGCUUCAGUCGAGGCCUUAUCCUUUUGGCUCACGCCCCUCGUCUUCGAGGCAACAGCGCGGAUUUCCUCGCCGGAGCUGGGAUGGAUGGGUCUCGGUUUCUACUACAUCAAGGGCAAUGCCGCAUGGCGCACUCUGCUGGGGCUCCAGCUGGCUACGGCCACUUUCAUGCCGAUUGCCUCGUUCUGGAUGCCCUUCUCGCCUCGGUGGCCGAUCAUGAAGGGACGAAGGGAUGAGGCCCUGGAAGAGUUCCACCAGAUCAAGACACGGUAUCGGAUCUACAAGGCCAACAAGCUCGGCCUCGUCGCCAUCUUCAAGAAAAAGUCGUACCGCAAACGCAUGUACCUGAUUUUGUUUAUGAGCUUCUGCCAGUUCACCGGAAUCAUCCCGCUCCAGAAGUACCAGGUCACAAUCUACACGAAGCUGGGUUUCACCAAUGUCUUUAGCCUGAUCCUGACAGGAAUUUUGGGGACCUUGGGUUGCUUGUCUGUCGACGAUUACCGCCAGUCAAAUUGUCGACAGGCUAGGUCGAUCGACGCAACCAACUUCCCUGUCUUCUGUACCGGACGUGUCAUCUGA